CUCGUUUUCAGACGAGUACACAAGAGAGAUGUAGAGAACAGAGUAGAACAUUCGAGAAACAUCUGGCUGCACUCGUGGCACCCCACACAAAACCCUAGAUAUAAACCAAUGUAGAUCGACCUGUAUAACGAAGAUAUAGAUUGCGAUAAUUGAAGAUGAUAUAACAGAUCUGACUUUUAAUGAGACUGGCGAUAAGAUUACUUUUGGCCAGAUCUUUUUGAUCAAACCAGUGAUGGAGAAACACUACAUGGAAAGGAAUUCAGUGCUGGCACAGCACUCGUGAAAUCCCUUUACCUGUAAUGUUCUUCACUCGAGGGAGGAGCAUAUGUCUUUCAGGUUCCUAUAGUCCUUUGGUGAAGCGUUUGUAGUAAUACAUCAUAUCAGAUUAACUGGGCUUGGCAAGUGUCAGUAUGAUCUAGGUGGGCAUUUCAUCGAUAACGGUAGCACAAAGCUUUUAAAGAGGGGUAAAUGAGCACGAAUUAUGUAUAUGUUGUAAAGAAGAUGCAAGUUAAACAAGCAUGCCUCGCUCCUUGGCAGAAUCAUGAAUGAGAUCACCAAGUACCAUGUUUGUAAUGAUGCUCUCAGAGUCUAGUGCUGAACGGGAUCCUCUAGCCAGUACAUUUGGGCAGUAUGAUCAAAGUGGGCAUCAUCAAUGGUAACACAAAGCUUUUGGUUGAUGGGGAAAAAAAUGAGCACGGACGAUGUAUGUGUCUUUAAGAGGAGGCAGCCAAACAGGCAUGCCUGUGGAAAAAUCCAAAACAGAUCACCAAUUACCAUGUUUGUUAUAAUGCUCACAAAGACUAGUGCCAAAUGGGGAUCCUCAAGCCAGGACAUUCGGGCAACACUCUCCGUUUUCGAAUCUUUUGAAGUAAGUGAAUGAUGAUGGAAUCGGAUGGAGACGCAAUAACUUUAUUUACCAAAGAUGCAAGUUAUAAACUACUCCUAAAAGCUGGAAUGUUUAAGGUUCAUUGUGAUGUGGCAUGACGGCGAAGAAGACAAUGAAGCACAAUUUUUAAUCAAAGUUUUAAUCGGAAAGGUUUUUAUAAUGCUUCGGGUAAGCUAUUGUCCUUUGGCGGGUGUUAAUUUACUUUCACGUGUGUCCAUUUGAUUAAGGUAAGUGUUUCAUUGUCAAGGGUGAUGGAAAUGUUUUUGUUCUAAUCACAGGGUUCACACUAGAGUACAAAGUUAUUUUUUCUUCCUUAUUUAUUUCAGUUUUCUUAAAAUAGGUCAUUAUAAUUCUAUUUGUGUUUCCCAAUAAUAGCUUUACUGGACUCACAACUGAAAGCAUGCCGGGUCCAACCUCCCAACAUAGGUAGCAAUUUGGUAUACCUUAGUUAUUUGCUUGUGCUUAUAAAGGCUCCAAAUACUCUUUAUCUAAUUAUUUGGAUGUUACAUUGGGACCUUCUAUGCUUGUUGCACGUCUAAUUGCUUAAGAAACCAUAUAUAGUGUGUUCUUUUAUUCACUAAUAUGAUUUUUCUAAUAGUCUAUGGACAGAAAUCAUUUUCUUAUUAUUCAGGCUUUUAGUGAUGCUAAGAUGUAUUUGUAUGCUUAUUGAUCCUUACAAAAUAUUUUAACCCGUACAUAGUUUAUACAUCUUAGUUCUGGUAUGUGCACUGGUUGGUAACUAGAAUUCUCAUUUCUUAAUACCUCUCAAUUUCUCAGCUACUCGCACAAUUGAUUUCAUCUAGUCAUUGUUUGUUAAUGCAUCAGGGCAUGCAAUUAAAUUUUAUUGUCUACCAUCAUUUUAGGUGACACUUGCUUACCUUGGAAAAGGGGGAGCAACUGUUGGUGUAACAACUAACAAGGGAAGAGUAAAUUUAGUAUGCAUUGGUUUGUAGUUAUGCAAGGGCUUGAGGGUGUCAGAUGAUUUCUGAUAGAAUUCUGACGUUUACUUUCUUUAACCGGGUUUUUUAUGAAAUCCUCUAAUAGAGGUACUCGCUCAUGUAGCCAUGUCAGGGUUGGACAGUACUAUGAAACAAAGCUAGGUGUAACCCUACUGUUUGGGGUAUGUUAAAUUACGCGGUGUGUGUUUCCCUUACAGGCAGGUUGUAAUGGUGAUAGGGAGAAAACUAACUGCUGAAAUGUCAGUUAUAUCAGUUAUCGUGUUUUACUAUGUGCCCUUAGUCCAAGAGCGGAAGAUGAUAUGAAUCAAUAUGGAAAUAAGAGGAUGGAUGGUUUGUGUGGCUGUCUCUUCUAGAUGGUUUAUUUGUUAUUAUGAGAGAUCAUAAUGCUUUGGACUUUUUUGUGCGGCAAUGACGUUCUUAUUUGUGGUUGUAAUUGUGUUGCAGCUAUUAAAAGUUGACGAGGGAUGCUGGAAGCUAUGGACAGAAGAGGUGGUGAUAAUCAAAAUGAAGUCAAUCUUAAGUUUUCAAUAAUUAAAAAAACUGUUGCUACUCAUCUACUCGCUUGCUACUGGAAAUUGGGACUAGGCAAAUGCAGCUGGUACAAAAGUUGGCUUUUCACAGGUUUGAUUGUGUGUUUUAUAUUUGCAUUACGUGUCUUGACCCUGUUAAUUAGUUGUCGCAUUUGUACACCAAUGUACACAAUUUGAUAUGCUUUAAUGAUUUUCACUGAUACUAUUAUUGAGUAUUUAAGACCGAUUUGAAAUUUUUUACACUUGAGCAAGGCAAAAGCAAGAUAUGCAACAUGAAUUAGGAUCUAGUCCAUUAGUUUCCAUUCUUAGGUAUAGAUAUGAACCAAUAUAUGUAUAUAUUUAGAUAUGUUUGUGUGUGUAAUUAUCUAAGUAAUAAAUUUAUGUGAACUGAAAUUUAUUUAUUUUGGAUCUUCGAUAAACUUCGCGCAACCUCACAUUGUUAUAGAUAUUUUGUCAGAAGAAGUGUCCUUCAUUACUUGCAGAAAUAGAACUUACUAGACUUUUAUGUUUAUGCUUUGUUCAUAUUAACAUAAAAUCGUUGACAACACAAUAAAUAUGGUUGCCAAAAUAGUGAGAUAACCUCUUUGAAUGCCUGGGGAUAUGCUGUUUCACUUAGAACAGGAAAGCGGAAAAACUGUUAAAUCCAACACAAUGUUGGCACAUGAUUCUAUUGUAACAUUAAUAGUUAUGCCUUGAUAACUCCCUCCUCUUUUGACAUCCUAUCAGCUAGUGACCAGCAAAUCAUAUUCUAAAAUAGAUACAAAAACAGAAGCUUGAUUUCUUACAUUGCAUUAUCAGAACUUAUGAUGAUAGUUGGUAGGUAUAUGUAUUUAACUAGCUACUAGUUCAUACCGGUUGUUGGAUAUUUUGAAGCACUUUUUGUGAAUGUGAGUAUUUGUUUUUUACUCUUCCGGGGCCUGGUCCCCGGCUAUCGAUUUUGGGGGACUUGUUUUGUAGCAAUCAGUUUCUCUCAGCCGUUGGAUGUAGCGACCAAUGGCCAUGUUAGAACAAAAAAUCCCAGCAUCUAAUUGUUAAAUAGCAUUACACACUACAUGUCUAGUGCUUUUUUCCCGCUAGACGCUUGGAUUUUUCGUAAGCGUCAGGCGCUUAUAAACCGCCGGAAGCAUAGAAACUACUUAAGAUCGCACAUAAGAAUCUUAACUCAUAUGUGCAUUUCAUUUAAUAAUGGGACCCAUUAUUAAAAUGACUGAUUUUAAUUGGGUGGUUUAUGUGCACACAGGGGGUCCCAUUAUUAUUAGUGUGAGUGAAACCAAUCAUACCUUGCCAACUAAUAUUUUGGAAAAGUAUUGGGAACUACUUUUGGGUUACCUAGCAUCUAAUUGAAUAUCACAAGAUUCAGAGACUUUUUUUAAAGGAAAAUGUUAGGUACUCCAAAAAUUAUGCCCAAAUUCCCCCCCAAAUUUUUAGUUGGCAAUGUAUGAUUGGUUCCACUCACACUAAUAAUAAUGGGAUCCCAUGUAUCGACAUAAAUCACCCAAUUAAAAUCAGUCAUUUUAAUAUUGACUCUCAUUAUUAAAAUGAAAUGCACAUAUGAGCUAGGGUUCUUAUGUGCGAUCAUAAGUCAUUUCUGUGCUUCUAGUUGUUUUUAAGCGUUGGACGUGUUAAAGAAAUCCCAGCGUCUAGCGGGAAAAAGCGCUAGACAUGUAGUAUCUAGCUCUUUUUAACUGCCAUACACUGGGAUUUUUUGUUCUAAUUAAUUUGAAAUUCUUUAGCAAUACUAGGCUAAUUGAAUAGUCAGGGGAGUACUAGACAAACACCAAUGGUGACUUUUCAACAGAUUGUCUUAACAGAAAAUCUAGAGCAGUUUGAAUGAAAUAUACACCAAAAAUUUCAAAUUUUGAUUAGUGUAAUGGUGGCCGGUGAAUCAAGCUCCUGUAUUGUUUCCACCACUUAAAAUAGUUGAUCCUUGUUGGUUCAAAUGUUUUUUCAAUAAUGUUGUUCUUACCAAACAUAUGUUUCUCUCCUGCUAUUACUAAUUAGUAUGUUUGUUCUUUUCUGCUGCUUUAGUACUAGUAUAUAAGAUUUUAGAUUACUAGUUAGAAUACCUGUAAAGAGUUCAAAAUUUUCAGGUUGCUUCCAAAGCCAUUAGAGAAUUGUAGGGUUUUAUUAUAUUUCAUAUCUUUUUUUAUAUAUAUUUGGCAGUUUUCUACAUGAUCUGGUUCUCUGCAACUCUCUGUUUAUUUCUGGUGAAGUUAUACCAGAUGCAUGUAGCUCAAACUGGUGUACUAAUAAUCCUGGCUUACGUUGUGUAUCUUCUUGCAUACUUUGGGUUAGACCUUUUGACAUGUAAACCACAAUGCUAACAUCAGUUAAAGUCAUAUUUCUGUAUAAACUAAAUAGAAAGUAAAAUCCUGGCUUGUGGAAUACUUUACCUGAAAGACUUGUGUUUAGAGCUGUAAGCGAACCGAACACGAGCUUAACGAACCGAACACGAACCGAUCAUCCUAAAAGUUCGGUUCGGUUCGUUAAGCUUAUCGGACGGAAAGUGCUGUUCGAACUCGUGUUCGGUAAGCUUACCGGACUAGCUUACCGAACUCGAACACGAACCGAACCGAACGAACUUACCGAACAGUUCGGUUUGUUUACAGCUCUACUUGUGUUAUCACACUAUUUUCUUCUUAAAAAACUAGAGGCGUUGAUGAAAUAUUGAUGAUGUUUCUCGUUGCUUACAGAUUUCAGUCACAGUUGAAAGAUUUUUCAAUGCUUCUGCUGUUGCAACAGAUACCAUCAGGAUUCUCAAAUUAGGAAAAGUUUAUGUGAUCCGUGAUGUUGUCCUCUUAUUGGGAUGUUGUCUGUGAGUUUUGCAAUUUAUGUAGGUCUGCUCUCUCUUGGCUAUGUUGUUGCAACCCUUUUCUUUGCGGUGGUGGAAAUAUCUGGCAACACUAUUAUCCUUUCUUUUUUCUGCCAAGAUACAGAAAAGCAUCAAGAAAAAGCACGUUAUAAAACACCCAAGGGAGUAACAGAGACAUUGUAUUCUACUCAGAGAUCUAGUUGUCAUAGCGCAUGGCUGCAUUAAGCAGAUGGGCUUGUUUGCCCUUACUAUUAGUUGCUUCAUUUAUUAGCUUAGCAUCUGCUGCACGUAUAUUCCCAGUUGAUACUGAUGAUCAUUCUUCUAUCUCUGCUGCUUCUGCUACUUAUGAUGAUUUUGAUUGGCUUCCUGUGACUGGCGUAAAACGUAAACUAUCUGCUAUCCCAUCACAGCAUCACACAGAUGAUCAUUCUUUUGUUUCUACUGUGGUUGAUGGAGAAGGUGAUAAGGAAAGCUUAUUUCGACAUUCGAGUGGUGAGGAGAUUAAUGAAUUAAUGGAUGAUUUGGAGGAUGUAGGGGUGGAUAAUAGUAAUAUUGAGUGUGAUACUUUUUUAUGUGGUUGGGGUGGUGGCGGCGGGGGUAGUAUUGGUGGUGGUGGGGGAGGCUGGGGUGGCAUCGGAAACAUUGGUGGGGGUGGUGGGGGCGGCACUGGAAGCAUUGGUGGGGGUGGGGGCGGUGGACGCGAUGAAGGUGGUGGUGGCGGUGGCGGGGAUGGUUGCCGUACUGGCGGCAUUGGAUGGAGUUGGAGUGGUGGCGGGUUCAGUGGGUGUGGCCACGUUGGCAGGGGUGGUGGCGAUGGUGGGGGCGUUGGAUGGAGCUGGGGUGGGCCUGGCAUUGGCGGUAGUGGCAACAUUGGUGGGGAUGCCGGCAGGAACAGCUGGCAGUGGGGAUGGCACUGGGGUGGCGGCGGCAGCAAAGUUGCUGCUCUGAAUCCUCACAAUGGUGCAUAUGGAAUGAGCGCUGAAACUGCCACCGCGCCCGCACCUAUGAGUAAUUAGACAAGCCAUAGAUAAAACCUAAUGUUGAGACGAUGCAUAAAUAAAAUUCAUAAAUUCAUAUAGAAAGAAUAUUGCAUAAAUAGAUGAGAAGUAGUGAGGAUUAGGGAUGAGCAAGUUUCCUAAUUAUUGAUUUUGGCAAAUUCAUGGCGUUAUCACUGGACACGGAACAGAAUAUAGAUUCUUUUCCAGUUGGUUACGUAAAACAAGUUUGAGAUGUUUCUGAGCAGUUUCAGAAAGUUUGUUUACGAAACAAAACUAUAUAUAUAUAAUAACUAAUAAGCAUUCUUAAUAA